GCACUGAAUACAAUCAAGCCUACGUGCUGCGCAAGUUCCCUUAGUGUUUCUAAAGUUUUUACUUAAUAUAUAAUUGUGAUAAACUUAUAAUAAUAAAGCUUGAAGCUUACAACAUUCUAAGCAUAAUUUAACAAGUUCGUUUACCGAAACUAAACAUAAUGCAAUAUGUACACAGUGGGAGUGAAACCUGCAGACGAUAACCUCAAUCUACACAGAUAUUUUGGAGAGUUAUUUACACAUAGCUCUCUAACAUUUAUUAUAAAAGAUAAAAAAUAAUUUAUUAACUAGUGUUGAUUGAUCGCAAAUAUGGCGCCGUUACCUCUGGAAGGAAUACAAACGCCAGUGGCAAACAGCAUGAUGCAGGCAGGAAUGGGUGGUCUGCAAGAGGGCAACCGUGGUGGAAUGAUUUCACUUGCAAUGCUCAUUGAUUUCAUUGUACAACGAACCUAUCAUGAACUUACUGUGUUAGCAGAACUACUUCCAAGAAAAACCGACAUGGAACGUAAAAUUGAGAUUUAUAAUUUCGCUCUGCGGACGAGACAGUUGUUCGUGCGGCUUCUUGCGCUUGUUAAAUGGGCAAACAGUGCGUCAAAAGUGGAAAAAUCAGCUCGUAUCAUGGCGUUCCUGGACAAACAAUCGAUGUUAUUCGUGGAUACAGCGGAUAUGUUAGCGCGAAUGGCCCGUGAAACGUUGGUACAAGCAAGAUUACCCAACUUUCACAUCCCUGCAGCUGUGGAAGUCUUAACGACAGGCACAUACGGCCGGCUUCCAUCUUGUAUUCGUGAGAAAAUUGUUCCUCCUGACCCGAUAACAAACUCAGAAAAGAGGCAAACUCUACUGCGACUUAAUCAAGUUAUUCAACAUCGUUUAGUAACGGGGAAUUUAUUACCUCAGAUGAAAAAUUUAAAAAUUGAAAACGGUCGUGUAACAUUCCACGUGGAACACGAAUUUGAAGUUUCUCUGACUGUUAUGGGCGAAGGUCAGAACAUACCUUGGCGUUUGUUAGAAAUCGACAUCCUCGUUGAAGACAAAGAAACAGGCGAUGGUAAAGCACUCGUGCAUUCACUGCAAGUUCAAUACAUCCAUCAAGUAAUACAGAGCAGAUUAGUGGAUAAUCCUACACCGCUGACGGAGGUUUAUCAUUGUCUGCACUUUUUUUGUCAAUCACUGCAGUUGGAAGUGCUCUACUCGCAGACGCUGCGAUUGAUGCGUGAUCGUUUGGAGAAACACAUUCAUGUAGAUGAAUAUGUUCCAGGCAAAUCACUUACGAUUUCAUACUGGAAUGAGUUAACAAGUAAAGGAAAAGAUUCCACUUCGAAAGAUCCACGCUCUGAACUUGGUUAUCGACUUACUGUUCAAGUCGAUCCGCACGACCCAGCGCGCCCUCUAGCGGUGAUGCAUAUACCAUCUUUAGGUAACAAAGAAUGCGAAAUAGCCGACCGCGCUAUUCGUUCCGAAUUACUCUCCAUGGAACGUUUACUCGUGCAUACUAUCUACGUACGUACAAAAAACCGUCUGAGUGAUGUUAAGAUAGAAUUGCAAGGUAUGAUGAAAGAUGUUGACUGCACGCUGCAAGGUUCACCCGCCAUCUUGUCCGUCGCCAUUUUGCAACCGUGUUUACGCGCUGAACAGUUGUUGAUCACCGUUGAUACACAUACUGGUAUGCUGCAGUGUCAAGUGCCGCAGUACGAACCACCGCUUAUUCCAGAAUUGAGUAAUGUGUUGAAUGGCGACCACUCUAGGCUACCCGUAUUGCUCAGCGAGUUGCGAUAUUGGAUCACACAGCGCAGGUGCGAGAAAACUUUGCAGCAUUUACCGGCGACAGCACAUGAAAAACUACCGUUGCUGUAUAAUGUUGAUCAUUCACUGAAUAAAAUCGGUAGACAUCGAAUGUAUGUGCAGUUACAUCGACAUCCUAAUGUUAUUUUGAUUACUGAAUUCAAAGAGAAGGAAUCUUGUCAGUGUGAAAUUGACUGUAAUUUUUACAUGGUAGUAGUGAAACAUUCAAGCAUCGAGGAUAAUCCAAACGAUGAUUCAAUCGAGACCGAAAUUCCGAAGGUAUAUCUAAAAGUGCAGAGUCUAAUUGAACUGGAUACAUUCGUGGCGACGCACGGUGCGUUCACAAGCGUUGACGGCAACGAAGAUCAAUACGAACCAGGUGCAAAGCGUAAGAGUUUAUCACAAGCAGGCAAAUCCGAAGCAGUUAUUCGAAGAGCCAAACAACCUGCGUAUUUUAUCCCGGAGUUAGCGCAUGUUGUAGCAAUGUGUGAUGAACGUCUGCCUUUCGUUGCGUUGGCAAACGAAUUAACACGGCGUAAUAUUUUCCAUCAAGGUCUGCAAGUUGAAGCAAACGCCACUGGAUUAGUCCUGAAAUUAAUUCAACUUCCGCCACCUACAAAAGAAAUCGGACAAUCAGCUGCUUGGUAUUCUUUAUUGAAACGUUUACUCUCUGUGUCCAUCCGCGUGCAGACAAAAGGCAUAAUGAAGAGUUGGAUGUGUGAAUUUGUUUUCUAUUCCACUCCGCUGCCAAGCACACAUCCAAAGGAGCAAGGAUCACGUCGUCCGGUUUAUUUUCAAUAUGAUAUGGGUACUACGGAUCAAAUCGGACAAUGUGUCUCGAAAUUAUUGUACGAUUGGGCACAGAUUGUGCAUUUGUAUUCCCUGGCGCAUGAUCUUGGUGAGUACAUGCUGAUUGAGAAGUAUAACCUGUCGAGCAUGUUCAGCGUCAAGUCGUUUAGUUAUAAUAAGUUGGUGAUUUGCUACGGGCCGGAGAAGGGUGCGAUGAUGUCUAUUACAUGGAGCAGUAGUGAGAAACAGUUUAAAUUGAUUUUUGGUGCAACAACGGCGUUGAAUGCGCAUUCUAUGAUCAAGGAACAAUUGGAGUCGCAUUUGAAUGUGUCGAGGAAUCUUGCGCAGUUGAUUCAACUUUUGUAUGAGACUUAUGAACCGUUGAUUUCUAUUAGUAAGUUGCCUUCACUUCCACAACUUGGCGUUCAUCAUAGUCGUCCCUCGGUACCUGUGCAAACAUUCAUCAUUAUCCCACAAAGUUGUGCGUUGAUACGCAUGUCAUAUCAGGGAAUGUAUUGUCUGGAGUUGAGAAUACGCGGUGCUGGUUUAGUUUCGCUAAGAGAUGGCGCUUACAGUCGAUUUGACCGCAGUAAUGUCGUCGAUGAGUUUUCGCCAACGCAAGGACUCAAAGCUUUUCUUUCGAAGUACGUGGAUGAAUCCGCGGUGUUUCGUCGACGAUCACAGAGUGAAGACGACAAUCCCCCUUCUCCUAUUUCGAUGGAAGUUGAAGGAGGUGGUUUUUUGGGUCAUCAUCGUGGUCCGCAAUCACCUGCACAAGGACGUGAGCCUGGACUGCGUUUUAAUCAUCCAUUAACGCCGCCGCCGGGUUCCAACCCUCAUACACCUGCGUCUCCACAUAUGGGUGGACAAGCUGCACAUGCUAAUUUUGGUUCCUCACCUGCCACUUCCUUUAGUCCUACUUCUUUACAGACUAAUGUAAAUCCUAGCCCGCAUAUGCCUCAUCCCAGUCCGGGUGGAAUAGUAGCAAAUUCACCCCUUAACCCACAUGUACCUAGCCCUGGUGGGUUGUUAUCCAACCCAUCACCGGGACCUGUCACUAACCUACCCGGACACUCACCUGUGUCUAGUUUUAUCGGAGGACACACGGACGGGAGUCCAUUUCCAAGCUCACAAAGCAUGGCAUCUCCCGCAGCGUCUAAUUGGCCUGGUUCACCUAGUGUGCCACGGCCGUCACCUGCAAGACCCGGGCAGUCUCCUGGUGGGCCUAUUAUGCAUAGCCCACAGGCAGAUCAUAAAACAGGCGCACAUUUGUCACGUGUACUACCGCAAAGGUCAUGGGCCGGUGCUGUACCGACACUACUCACGCACGAAGCCCUGGAGACAUUGUGUUGUCCUGCAUCGCAUCCACAAGGGUUCAGUGGGCCUGAAUUGGCUCCAUUGGAGAGGUUCUUGGGGUGUGUUUACAUGCGGCGUCAAUUACAACGAUAUGUUCAGAGUGAGAGUUAUUUGACCGCCAUUAACACCAAUGAACCCGGAGUGAUACACUUCAAAGUCGCCGAAACUCUACACUGUAGAGUAUUUUUAAAUCCGCAGCAUAUGCAAUCGUUACAUUUGAAAAUUACACCGUUGCCGGACCAUAAAGACAUCUGGUCCGCUGAAGAGCUGCAAAUAUUAGAAAAGUUUUUCGACACACGUGCCGCAGCGCCACCUUUCAAACCAAACUCAAUGUUUGGGUUUUGCUGCAUGUUGAACGUACCCGUGAACGUACUUAGAGAUUUUAUACAGAUUAUUCGAUUGGAUCUUAUGCCGCAGCUUGCUGCUGGUAUGAAAUGGGCGGUACAAUGGACGCUGCGAAUACCUCCUUCAGCCACGCCUAUUGUACCAACAGGAAUGGCCAGUAUUUUGGUUUAUAAAACCAAAAUCCUCUUCUUCUUGCAAAUCACGCGAAUUGGAAUGCAAUAUCAAAACAACGUGGAACCACCCUCGCUAGUAUUGCCCCUAGUGUACGAUAUCAGCACUAAUAUAACACAACUAGCAGAGAAGCGUGAUGCUGGCCCAGCGCCGGCCAUGACAGCCGCCAGCCUCCUCCUCAAACACUUCGCGCAGUUCCAGACCAACCACUCGGAGUGCAGUCUAUACCCAGCCGUGCGUGACCUACUCUCGAAUCUCACGCUGCCUUCCGAGUCGCAACAAUCCAACACGUCAGUGCCCAUGCCGCAGAUCCAAUCACCCGCCAUGCAAAUGGGCCAGGGACAAGUGCAGAGUCUAAUUGAACUGGAUACAUUCGUGGCGACGCACGGUGCGUUCACAAGCGUGGACGGCAACGAAGAUCAAUACGAACCAGGCGCAAAGCGUAAGAGUUUAUCACAAGCAGGCAAAUCCGAAGCUGUUAUUCGCAGAGCUAAACAACCUGCGUAUUUUAUCCCGGAGUUAGCGCAUGUUGUAGCAAUGUGUGAUGAACGCCUGCCUUUCGUUGCGUUAGCAAACGAGUUAACACGUCGUAACAUUUUCCAUCAAGGUCUGCAAGUUGAAGCAAACGCGACUGGAUUAGUCCUGAAACUAAUUCAACUUCCACCACCUACAAAAGAAAUCGGACAAUCAGCUGCUUGGUAUUCAUUACUCAAACGUUUAUUAUCUGUGUCCAUCCGCGUGCAGACAAAAGGCAUAAUGAAGAGUUGGAUGUGUGAAUUUGUUUUCUAUUCCACUCCGCUGCCAAGCACGCAUCCAAAGGAGCAAGGAUCACGUCGUCCGGUUUAUUUUCAAUAUGAUAUGGGCACAACGGAUCAAAUCGGACAAUGUGUCUCGAAGUUAUUGUAUGAUUGGGCACAGAUUGUGCAUUUGUAUUCCCUUGCGCAUGAUCUUGGUGAGUACAUGCUGAUUGAGAAGUAUAACCUCUCGAGCAUGUUCAGCGUCAAGUCGUUUAGUUAUAAUAAGUUGGUCAUUUGCUACGGGCCGGAGAAGGGUGCGAUGAUGUCUAUUACAUGGAGCAGUAGUGAGAAACAAUUUAAAUUGAUUUUUGGUGCAACUACGGCGUUGAAUGCGCAUUCUAUGAUCAAGGAGCAGUUGGAGUCGCAUUUGAAUGUGUCGAGGAAUCUUGCGCAGUUGAUCCAACUUUUGUAUGAGACUUACGAACCGUUGAUUUCUAUUAGUAAGUUGCCUUCGCUUCCACAACUUGGCGUUCAUCAUAGUCGACCCUCGGUGCCUGUGCAAACAUUCAUCAUUAUCCCACAAAGUUGUGCGUUGAUACGCAUGUCAUAUCAGGGCAUGUAUUGCCUGGAGUUGAGAAUACGCGGUGCGGGUUUAGUUUCGCUAAGAGAUGGCGCUUACAGUCGGUUUGACCGUAGUAAUGUCGUUGAUGAAUUUUCACCAACGCAAGGUUUAAAAGCGUUUCUUUCGAAGUACGUGGAUGAAUCCGCGGUGUUUCGUCGACGAUCACAGAGUGAAGACGACAAUCCACCUUCUCCUAUUUCUAUGGAAGUCGAAGGAGGUGGUUUUUUGGGUCAUCAUCGCGGUCCACAAUCACCUGCACAAGGACGUGAACCUGGACUACGUUUUAAUCAUCCAUUGACACCGCCACCUGGUUCAAACCCUCAUACACCUGCGUCUCCACAUAUGGGUGGACAGGCUGCACAUGCUAAUUUUGGUUCCUCUCCCGCCACUUCCUUUAGCCCAACUUCAUUACAAACUAAUGUUAAUCCUAGCCCGCAUAUGCCUCAUCCCAGUCCUGGUGGAAUAGUAGCAAAUUCACCCCUAAACCCACAUGUACCCAGCCCUGGUGGGUUAUUAUCUAACCCGUCACCGGGACCUGUCACUAACCUACCCGGACACUCACCUGUGUCUAGUUUUAUCGGAGGACACACGGAUGGUAGCCCAUUUCCAAGCUCACAAAGCAUGGCGUCUCCUGCUGCGUCUAAUUGGCCUGGAUCACCUAGUGUGCCACGUCCGUCACCUGCAAGACCCGGGCAGUCUCCCGGUGGGCCUAUUAUGCAUAGCCCACAAGCAGAUCAUAAAACAGGCGCGCAUUUGUCACGUGUACUACCGCAAAGGUCAUGGGCCGGUGCUGUGCCCACAUUACUCACGCAUGAAGCUCUGGAGACAUUGUGUUGCCCAGCAUCACAUCCACAGGGAUUCAGUGGGCCUGAACUGGCUCCAUUGGAGAGGUUCCUGGGGUGUGUUUACAUGCGGCGUCAAUUACAACGAUAUGUUCAGAGUGAAAGUUAUUUGACAGCCAUCAACACCAAUGAACCUGGAGUGAUACACUUCAAAGUCGCCGAAACUCUGCACUGCAGAGUGUUUUUAAAUCCGCAGCAUAUGCAAUCGUUACAUUUGAAAAUCACACCGCUGCCAGACCAUAAAGACAUCUGGUCCGCUGAAGAGCUGCAAAUAUUAGAAAAGUUCUUCGACACACGUGCCGCAGCGCCACCUUUCAAACCAAACUCCAUGUUUGGGUUUUGCUGCAUGUUGAACGUACCCGUGAACGUACUUAGAGAUUUUAUACAGAUUAUUCGAUUGGAUCUUAUGCCACAGCUUGCUGCUGGUAUGAAAUGGGCGGUACAAUGGACGCUGAGAAUCCCUCCUUCAGCCACGCCUAUUGUACCAACAGGAAUGGCCAGUAUUUUGGUUUAUAAAACCAAAAUCCUCUUCUUCUUGCAAAUCACGCGAAUUGGAAUGCAAUAUCAAAACAACGUGGAACCACCUUCGCUAGUACUGCCCCUAGUGUACGAUAUCAGUACUAAUAUUACACAACUGGCAGAGAAGCGCGAUGCUGGCCCAGCGCCGGCCAUGACAGCCGCCAGCCUCCUCCUCAAACACUUCGCGCAGUUCCAGACCAACCACUCGGAGUGCAGUCUGUACCCAGCCGUGCGUGACCUACUCUCGAAUCUCACGCUGCCUUCCGAGUCGCAACAAUCCAACACGUCAGUGCCCAUGCCGCAGAUCCAAUCACCCGCCAUGCAAAUGGGCCAGGGACAAGCGGGUUACGCGGUGAACAUGCCCAUGGGUAUGGGUAUGAUCGGCCCGCAAUAAAAUGCACUGUUCUUAUUUCAACGUUAAGCCUUUAGAUGAUAAAAAACAAUUAUAAUCCAAAACAAA